UCCAGACAGUAACAGCAACACGCAGCACAACACCAGAGUUUGUGAGCUGUGACAGUGAUCAAGGGAUAAAUAGGGAGAAGAGGAAAAAAACACAAAGCACUGGACUAAUCUAUCCAGCUGUGGCAUUAACCAACAUCUGGAGCUGACGUGACCCCUGGAAAUUCAUCAAUAUUUUCAGGAUUACAACUACCGGACCAGGACAGGGUUUGUGGCAGUCGACCUAAAUUGUUGGAGGUUUUCUGGAGACAAGAAGAACAUCUGUGGUAGCCCAAAAAGGUUAAAAAAUGGACGACUGAAGGAGAUCCGACAUUGCAUGACUUUCUGCUCAAAUGUACAAAGGAGACAGGCCUCACAAGCUUACGUUCCCCCCUCUUGGGAUAAUCUCCAACUGUUGAAUCAACCACCCCUUUUCAUGUCCGCAUCCAAAUCCGGUUGAUCACGAAUGUCACACCGAUUAGACACUCUGCGGGGCUGUGAUGUUGGGUCUCCUCGCAUGCUAGCAGAGUGAUGGAAGGUUUGGCACAUGCUUUGGAGAACCAGGGACUUGUGCUAUACAUUUACAAGUCAGUGACGACCGGAGCAAGGCUUACCAAGACUGAUGAGAAAGCUGGAGAGUGAACGCUUGCUCCCAUUAGCGCUCCCAAGAGAGAAAGGGCGAGAUGCAACCUGGACGCGAUGACCUUUCCUGGGCGCAUACUAUACAUUACUAUGGAGAUCUGACAAGGCACUCAUGGAAUAUACAGGCCAAGGAAUACAACUGAUUUAUCAGCAGAUGUCUUAUGACAACAAAGAUUUGGAUCAGGCUACCUUCCGAGCACCAAAAGGAAAGAGUUGUGUUUUUUGUUUAUUUCUCGCUUACAUGAUUUCUGGGAAUACCAAGAGAAUUUAAACAGGCAGCGGAGGUUCGGAGCUUGACACGUAAUUCCUGUUCAUUUGUCAACCGUACAAUCCAAACUGUAAAGACAAUAGCCUGUGUUGCAUCACCUUUCCUUGUGGGGACAGGUGGAUGGAAGUUCACCUGCGUUUGGGGUCAAAAUAUUACUGGCAGUGCAUUGACAAUCCAUUGGCUUUCCAGACAGGUGCUGUUCUGGCAGGCUGCAGCUCAGUGACAGACUAGCUGUGAAAGGGAGAGCCUGACUGGAGGGGCUGCUUGGAACAGAUACUCUCUUUCCAUCGGCAGUGUUUGGAUGUGAUGCUCAUCUCUGUGGAUGUGCCGCGGACUCCAUGGCCUGAUUACACAGACCCGCAAUUCAGAUAGUGCUGGAGGGAAGGGAUAAUGCAUAUCCUUUCCCAGCCGGAAGAAGAAGCCACCAUGAGUAACGUCACGGUCACAGACAACACUGAACCCAUCGGCCGCACCAUGAGCCCGGCCCCCCCCAGCCCCUACUCCUACCCUGUCAGCUUCCAGGUCUCGCUGACGGGCUUUCUUAUGUUGGAGAUUAUCCUGGGUCUGAGCUCCAACCUCACUGUGCUGGCCCUCUACUGUAUGAAGUCCAACUUGAUCAGCUCCGUCAGUAACAUAGUGACUAUGAACCUGCACGUGCUCGACGUCCUCAUCUGCCUCUGCUGCAUCCCACUGACUAUCGUGGUGGUGCUGCUGUCUCUGGAGGGGGACACUGCCCUGGUCUGCUGCUUCCAUGAGGCCUGUGUCUCCUUUGCUAGUGUGGCCACGGCUGCAAACGUGCUGGCCAUUACACUGGAUCGCUAUGACAUCUCAGUGAAACCGGCCAACCGGGUGCUGACUAUGGGCCGGGCCCUGGCCUUGCUGGCUGCUAUUUGGGUGCUAUCUUUUGUUAGUUUCCUUGUUCCUUUUAUUGAGGUGGGCUUCUUUGCCCAGGGUCAUGCUGAACUCAACCAGACAGUGGUAGAGAAUGUAGUGCAUACAAACCAGUACUACACUGAACUAGGACUCUAUUACCACCUGCUGGCCCAAAUACCCAUAUUCUUCUUCACUGCAGUGGUGAUGCUCAUCACAUACUCUAAGAUCCUGCAGGCGCUCAAUAUCCGUAUUGGCACGCGCUUCCAUAACUCACAGAAGAAGAAGGCGCGCAGGAAAAAGCGGCCCUCCAUGACAGCGAUGACACCGCAGCAGGAGGCAACAGACGGCUCCCAGAGCAGUGGGAGCCGUAACCCCACUCUGGGCAUGCGGACCUCUGUGUCUGUCAUCAUCGCUUUACGGCGCGCAGUGAAGAGGCAUAGGGAACGCAGAGAACGCCAGAAGAGGGUUUUCAGGAUGUCCCUGCUGAUCGUGUCCACAUUCCUGCUGUGCUGGACGCCCAUUACAGUGCUUAACACAGUCAUUCUAAGCAUGGGGCCCAGUGACCUCAUGGUCAAACUCAGACUAGGCUUCCUGGUCAUGGCCUAUGGGACUACUAUCUUUCACCCACUACUGUAUGCCUUCACCAGGCAGAAGUUCCAGAAAGUGUUAAAAAGCAAAAUGAAAAAGCGUGUGGUAUCCAUAAUUGAAGCAGACCCCACUCCAAACAAUGCCAUCAUACACAACUCCUGGAUAGAUCCAAAGAGGAACAAAAAGGUGACUUUUGACGACAAAGAUGCCAGACAGAAGUGUCUAUCUUCUGAAGAUGUGGAGUGAACUCAUUCUCCUAAUGCAGUAUGCAGUCAAUAAAGCAGCUACACUGACAAUAUGUCACGAUGAAAAAGGGAACAUGUUAAUCCAAAGCAGAAAUGUAAAUAUUAUGUGCAAUAGGAUGUAUAGAAUGAGGUGACGUUGGAUAAUUUAUUACUAUUUAUUGAGAUCAAAAGUAGAUUUCUUAGAUGUACUAUAUACUGUAAUGUAGAUACUGCAUGGCUUUUGUAACCGUAGCAACAUCUAGGACAUUGCGUACAUACUACUAGGAAGAGAGAGACAGAAUUAGGAGUUGUUGCGUAUCUGUAUAUAUAGAUAUUUAUAAUACAUUUUGUGUUCUCUCAUCUAAAGCAGCAAAAGGCUUCCUGUUCUCCCUUCCCCCAAGUAAACUGUUUGUGAUUUUGUAACAGCUGUGAGAUUACUCCCAUUCAUCAAUGUGCCCCUUGCUUUGACACCAAUCCCCAGUGACCACUGACCUUAUUGCCUAAAGUCCAGUGGGGGAUGACCCUCCGAUCCCAAUGUAACUGUAGAUAUGAGAACAGACAGGUCAGACAUGCAGGGUAUAGACAGGAGUACUGUACGCCAUGUUGCUGUUUUAUAAGCUUGAGUGCUGUUAACACUCAUUUAGGGCUAACCUAAACACUCCACAGACACAACAGCACACAUCAGUUUUCAUCAUUUUGUUUGACACAGACCAGAUGUAAUCCAAACCCUCUCUGUUUUACUUUAGCAGUCACUUGUUUGAGCCAAAUGGAAAAUCUAUGGCUGCUGUAUUUCUGUUAUGGUUGAUGGAGAACAAUUUACAGUGAUACACUGCAAUGAAAGUAGGCUCUUACUUUAAAACAGUUUAUACUUAUGAAUUGAAAAAGUUAUGCUUUGUUUUGCUUUUUUUUUUGUUAUUAAACGUUCCCAUAGCAAAAUGAUGAAAACAAAGUUGUUUGACUUUAAUAAUGGUAGUCUAGCAACUAUGUUCACACAAUACGCAAAUCAGUACUGCAAUAAACAAGUGCAAACGUCUUAAGCCUAAUAAAAUUCCUGUUUACAAGUC